AAGCGUUGUGGAAGAUGUGACCAGCAGGGAGAGACAGUGAGGUGUCUUGCGAACGGCAGUUGGUAUUGGUUAGGCUGGGAGAGGGACUUGCAGCUUCAGUACCAUAUUGCAAUCUCACUACAGUGCGGAGAGUGGAGAGGAGAGGCUGCUUCAUGUUGCUGCCGGUGCCGCCUUUGUUUUAAGGAAAACUGUUACGCAUCGGUCUACGGAGGGGAAGGAAACAUUGAUCACCGAUUGCAAAAGGGGAACCUAAAAAAACAUGUACCUUAAAGGAGGCGUGCUGUUGACGCUCCUAGCAGCUUUUCAGGUCUCCGCUGAAGGCCGUGGAGCCCAGUUGUGCAAGCCUGGAUUUUCGGAGGAGGUGUACCACGCGACAAUCCCCGCGAGCCUGACUGAGGGACAAGCCCUUCUAAAUGUGAGAUUUGUCGACUGCGGCAGGAGCGUUCGGCUGCAGUACGGGAGCAGCGACCCGGCAGACUUCAGGAUAGGGGGCGACGGAGUGCUCUACGCCGCCAGGAGCUUCCGCGUCCCCGGCGCGCACGCCCGGCUGCUGGUGGUCAGGGCCGAGGAUGAGGACUCCAGGGAGCGCUGGCAAACACGCGUCAACCUGACCCCAGCGACCAGCAGAACGCCGCAGGGUCAGGACUCUGGCGAGCCUCAGCAGGUGCAGGAGAUCCAGUUCCCGCCGCGGCGCAGAGAUGGCGGCUCCCUGCUGAAGCGCAUCAGGAGAGACUGGGUCAUCCCCGCCAUCAACGUGCCCGAGAACUCCCGCGGCCCCUUCCCCCAGGAGCUGGUCCGGAUCAGGUCGGACCGCGACAAGAACCGCCUCCUGCGGUACAGUGUCACGGGACCCGGCGCAGACCAGCCCCCGACCGGCAUCUUCAUCAUUAAUCCAAUUUCGGGACAGCUGUCCGUGACUAAGCCGCUGGACCGGGAGCAGAUAUCCAACUUCCACCUCAGGGCACAUGCGGUGGAUCUGAACGGAAACCAGGUGGAGAACCCCAUCGACAUCGUGGUCAACGUGAUCGACAUGAACGACAACCGGCCCGAGUUCAUCCACCAGACCUGGAACGGCAGCGUUGCGGAGGGAUCGAAGCCAGGAACGUUUGUGAUGACCGUCACGUCGCUGGACAAGGACGACCCGGGCACCGCCAACGGAAUCCUGCGGUACAAGAUCCUGUCCCAGAGUCCCGAGAGCCCCACGUCCAACAUGUUCACCAUCAACAACAAGACCGGCGGCAUCAUCACCGUGGCCGCCGGCCUGGACAGAGAGAAAGUGCAGCAGUACACAUUGAUCAUUCAGGCCACGGACAUGGAGGGAAAUCCGACGUACGGGCUCUCCAACACGGCGACCGCCGUCAUCAGAAUCACAGACAUCAACGACAACCCUCCGGAGUUCACCACCGACACCUUCUAUGGGGAGGUGGCAGAGAACAGGGUAAACGUCAUCGUGGCCAACCUGACGGUGACGGAUAAGGACCAGCCCAACCGGCCGGCGUGGAACGCGGUGUACAAGAUCACUGGAGGGGACGCCUUGGGCCUGUUCAGCGUCCCGACCGACCCCACCACUAACGAGGGCCUGGUUACCGUCGUCAAGCCUAUCGACUACGAGACGAGCCGGACGUUCGAGCUGAUGGUGGUGGCGGAAAACGAGGUGCCCCUGGCCAGGGGGAUCCACCUCCCCCGUCAGUCGACGGCGACGGUCUCCAUUAGGGUCAUCGACGUGAACGAGAGCCCCGAGUUCCACCCCAACCCGAAAACCCUGCGGACGGAGGAGGGGUUGUCGCCGCAAACCGUCCUGAUGGCCUACACCGCCCAGGACCCCGACCGCUUCAUGCAACAGACAAUCAGAUACUCGAAGCUUCACGAUCCUGCAAACUGGCUGAAGAUUGACCCGGUAAACGGGCGAAUCACGACCAUCGCCGUGCUGGACCGAGAGUCGCCGUACGUGAAGGACGACAUGUACAACGUCACGUUCCUGGCCGCCGACAACGGUGUCCCGCCGGCCAGCGGGACGGGCACGCUGCAGAUCUACCUGAUGGACAUCAACGACAACGCGCCGCACAUCCAGCCGCAGGAGGCGGAGAUGUGCGAGAAGCCCGAGCCCAACGCCAUCAACAUCACGGCCGAGGACCGCGACCUCAGCCGCAACGCCGGGCCCUUCGCCUUCGAGCUGCUGCCCGCCGUCCGCAAGAACUGGACCCUCACGCGCAUCAGCAGCGACCACGCCCAGCUGGCGCUGAGGAUCGGCUUCCUGGAGAGCGGCGUGUACGAGAUCCCCGUGGUGAUCACGGACUCGGGCAACCCGCCGCUGUCCAACACGUCCUACCUGCGCGUGAAGGUGUGCCAGUGCGACCGCAGCGGCGUCUGCGCCGACGUGCAGCGCAUCAUCGCGGCGGGGCUGGGCACCGGCGCCAUCAUCGCCAUCCUGCUCUGCAUCAUCAUCCUCCUGAUCCUGGUGCUGCUGUUCGUGGUGUGGAUGAAGCGGAGGGAUAAGGAGCGGCAGGCCAAGCAGCUGCUCAUCGACCCCGAGGACGACGUGCGCGACAACAUCCUCAAGUACGACGAGGAGGGGGGCGGCGAGGAGGACCAGGAUUACGACCUGAGCCAGCUCCAGCAGCCCGACACGGUGGAGCCGGACGCCAUCAAGCCCGUGGGGAUCCGCCGCCUGGACGAGAGGCCCAUCCACCCCGAGCCCCAGUACCCCGUCCGGUCCGCCGCGCCCCACCCGGGGGACAUCGGCGACUUCAUCAACGAGGGACUGAAGGCGGCGGACAACGACCCCACGGCCCCGCCCUACGACUCGCUGCUGGUGUUCGACUACGAGGGCAGCGGCUCCACCGCGGGCUCCCUCAGCUCGCUCAACUCGUCCAGCAGCGGCGGCGACCAGGACUACGACUACCUCAACGACUGGGGGCCUCGCUUCCGGAAGCUGGCGGACAUGUACGGCGGCAGCGACGACUAACGGGGGGAGGAGGGGGAGGUGGGGGGGAUGGGGGGACAGGGGGACGGGUGGGACGGACGGGGGCUGACGAGGGGAGGGGUGCAGGAGGCCGGGUUACGCAGGGGGGAGGGGAAAGAUACAUCCCGCGGAGUGGCACUUUUUUUAUGGGACAAGGACAGCUUCUAAAAAUGAAAAAAUAAAAAAGCGAAACGAAAACUGUAUUCCCCAAAAGAGCGAGAGAGAGAGAGGGGAGAGCAAACAGCGACCACAAGAUCAACAACAACCGCCGCCGCCGCCGCCGCCACCACCGACAAUGACAAAAAACGACAAGAGAUAAUAAGGCCUAAUGGUGUAGCCUGCUAGCGCUUGUGCUCGUCGACGGCUUCGCCAUGGGCCGCUGUCCAAUUCCGGCACAGUGGGAACGUUGGUAAAUUGCCGCCAUUUUGGGUCGCUGGUAUUCAGAGCGCUCAGUUACACUUGAAUUUCACAGUACAGAAGCACUGGGAUUAUAUGUGCCUUUUUGUACAUUUUUGGAUCCGAAUAAUUAGUUUUAUGUUCAAGGCUUUAAUGGUACUGACUUUUGGAGUGAUUUCAAAAAUUAAGAAAGUAUGUUAAAAUACGGUAUGCUUCUCCAUACUUUUUUUUCGUUUGUUUUUUGGUUGCACCAUAUUGCUGUUUCUUAAAAUAAAAAAUUUAAAAAAUAUAAUUUAAGUGAAUUUCAGAAGGAAAAAUGAUGAAGGUAUCUCUGUAAGCCUGCGCAGGCAGAAGCACCUGAAAAACAGCUAUGUGCAGUUCGCUAGACUUUUAGAUCGUUUUUUUUUUCUUUCUAUUUUUUCUUCUUCUUUCGUUCACUAAAAAUGUAAACUUAAUGCAGCUGGUUGCAAAUAAAGGGAGUCACCAAGCACCGUUCUGUAGCGGAAUAAGUUUUGUUUCUCUGGAGUGGUAUAGUAUUUUACAAAAACCUUUAUUUUGUUCUAAUUCAUGUACACUUUGUUUGCCUUAGCCAUCCUCUGGAACUUUUUGAUUUUUACUUCACUGUAAAGAAAAAUGCGUGUACAUAAUGUUUUUUGGCGUAGUCUCUGGAAAAAGUGCAAAAAGUUCAGAAAUUGUAUAUGUAUAAUUUGGACUACAGAUUAAAGUUUUUUGCAUGUUUUUAUCUUUUCAUUAUAAAAAAAAAAGGUAUUUCCAAAAUUUAUUUACAAAAGAAAAUCUACAUUUACAUGGCUGGAUGACAUUUGACGUGUAGAAGAUACGAAAGCCUUUUUGUAAAAGAGAACGAGAAAGCAAGGGGGGAGUCUUGUCAGCACAACUGUUUGAAUUUGUACCAAAAAGGGGGUGUUCUGCCACCAGAAGCACUAAUCACCCAUCAGCUUUAAGACCAGAAAGGUUUUUGUCUGAAGAUUUGUGGAUGAUAUUAUGUACCAGAAUACAAAUUAUACAUCUCUGACCCCAACAAUCUGAAUAAAAUGCUAAUUUUGGAGCUAG